GUGGUUUCAUUGAGGUUAUGUUUCCUUUUCGCAGAUUUUUUUUUGUUUACAUUUAAAUGGUUUAACAACUGAUAUGAUAUCUUCUCUUGGUCCUCAAUUUUGAAAUUGAAAUCCACUUAUUGCAUGCAUUAUGGAUGAAGAAAAAAGGCCAUGUGGUCCUGGACCGUCUGAUUUGCAAGAAGAUCCUGAAGAACCAAUAAUAAUAUCCACUACCACUUCUGAUUUGAAAGGCUAUCAUCCCAGAACUGGAAUCAAAGAAGAAAUUACUAGUCAGGUGAAGAAAGUGAAAUUGUAUCCCUGUAUGAAUCCGAAUUUAUCUAGUGAAGAAAAUAAGGCUAAAUUGAAAGAAGUAUGGCAAAAAGGGAAUAGUUUCCGGUCGGACGAAGUAGAGAUUAUAGUAGAUCCGUUCAGAGUGUGUGUUAUCGAUAACUUUUUGGAAAGUCCGGAUUACAUUGAUGGAAUUCGUUCCGAUUUCAAUGUUUUGGAUUGGAACAAAAGAAAGAUGGAUUUGUACGAAUUUUUCCAAUCUAAAGAUCUAAAGACUUUGGAUCUCGAUUACAUCAAGGGAUUUUAUGAAUUGCUUAAAAAAUCUGUUAUGACAUGGGUAGCAGAAAUAACAGGCUAUCCGCUGGAAGAAAUAUCAGCAACAUGCAGCUGUUACACAAAUACAGAUUAUCUCUUAGUUCAUGAUGAUCAAAGGGAAGACAGAAUGGUAGCUUUUGUAUAUUAUAUGACUAGUUCUAAUGGCUGGGAUUCCAGUAAGGGGGGCAGUCUGGAUCUGUUAUCUAAAGAUGAGAAAGGUCUUCCAGAGAAAGUUGUUAGAAGUAUUUUACCAAAGAAUAAUCAACUAGUAUUCUUUCCAGUCACAAAUGAUUCUUAUCAUCAGGUAGCAGAAGUUACCACCCUAGAAGACACCCGAUUGACCAUAAAUGGAUGGUUUCAUGUAAGAACACCACCAGUCUUCCAAUCUCCUCAUUUUGAAUAUCCUGUAAGUAGCCUGUUUGGAAAAAGGGAACUGAAACCUGUUGAAAAAGACUUAUUGCUUGAGUCUUGGAUUGAAGAGAGUUAUUUAAACAACGAAGAUGGUACACUUGAGGAUAUUCAAAAGCACAUUGAAGAGAAUAGUGAAAUCUCACUCAGAGAAUUUUUUAGGAAAGAAGCUUUGGAUGAAAUCGAGCAGUGUUUGGAAAUUAUCGAAGAAAAUGGUGAAAAAUGGAAAAGAGCUGCUCCUCCAAAUAGAAGUUUAUAUGAUGUGCUGGUAACCGAUGACUCUUUGCCCCAUUCAUUAAAACGGUUUUUAGAUCUUUUUCAAUCGCAGCAGUUCUUCGAUUAUUUGAAAAUUAUUACUGAUGUGAAGUUUAGCUCCAUGAAAUUUGAAUUUCAGAGAUGGUUUCCAGGAAGUUAUUGUUUAUUAUCUGAUUACAAUUGGAGUAAGGAAGAAUUAGAUGUUAUUUUUUAUAUUCCAUCUGGUGAGGUGGAGGGUAUAGUUGGAGGAAGAACACAAUAUGUGAGUAUAGAUGAAGAAAUACAAGAAGCGCUCAUCACAAUAGAACCUUUGAAAAAUAGGAUGAACUUGGUGUAUAGAGAUACGGCCAGAUUUACAAGCUAUUUCAGUAAGCAAAGUAGGUGCGAAAAGUUUUAUUUGUUAAUAUGUACGUUUUCUGAAUAAAGUGAUUAUUUGAGUUGUUGCA